AUGAGUUCCCCGGAGGAACAGGCGUUCCGUCUGCUGACCGAGUACUCAAAUGGUUUCAUGGUCUCCCAGGUUCUGUUUGCUGCCUGCGAGCUCGGCGUGUUUGACCUUCUCGCCGAGGCCCCGGAGCCCCUGGGGGCGGCAGCAGUGGCUGCACGGCUGGGCACCAGCUCCCAUGGGACAGAGCUCCUGCUGGACACCUGUGUGUCUCUGAAGCUACUUCAGGUAGAAACUAAAACAGGAAAAGCUUUAUAUCAAAACACAGAGCUCUCCAGCACCUACCUGGUGAGGGCCAGCCCCAAGUGCCAGGGCAACAUGCUGCGGUACCUGGCCAGGACGACGUACCUGUGCUGGGGUCACCUGACCCAGGCCGUGAGGGACGGCAGGAACCAGUAUCUGGAGGCAUUCGGGGUUCCCUCCGACCAGCUCUUCAGCGCAAUCUAUAGGUCCGAGGACGAGCGGCUGCUGUUCAUGCGAGGCCUGCAGGACGUCUGGAGCGUCAGCGGGAGGCCUGUGCUGGGCGCCUUCGACCUGUCCCCGUUCCCGCUCAUCUGUGACAUUCGCCGAUUCGGGGGCUCCUGGGUGACCAUGUGGCCGUCAACACCUGCUGGGGCGCUCGCCGCUCGCAUUUCCCGUCCGCCUGUCACCUUCCGUGUGCGUUUGUUUCCAGGCUGUUCUGGGGCUCUGGCCAAGGAGUGCACGUCUCUGUACCCCGCGUGCCGGGUCGCCGUUUUCGACACGCCCGAAGUGGUGCAGACGGCAGAGAAGCACUUCUCAUUCCCGGAGGCAGCGCGGAUCAGCUUCUGUGAAGGAGAUUUCUUUAAAGACCCGCUUCCGGAGGCGGAUCUGUACCUCCUGGCGAGGGUCCUGCACGACUGGACGGAUGAGCGGUGCUCACGCCUGCUGGCGAGGAUCCAUCGUGCCUGCAAACCAGGCGGCGGCGUCCUGGUCGUUGAGAGCCUCCUGGCCGCGGACGGCCGGGGCCCGCUGACGGCGCAGCUCUACUCGCUGAACAUGCUGGUGCAGACGGAGGGCCGCGAGCGGACCCCCGCCCAGUACCGCGCGCUCCUGGCUGCCGCCGGCUUCCGCCACGUCCAGUGCAGGAGAACCGGGGGCCUGUACGACGCCAUCCUGGCCACGCGCUAG